AUGACUACUGAUCAACUUUUGUAUUUUGCUAGAAGUCAUCAAGCUUUAAAAAGAAAGAAUAUUUUAAUUCUAAGCUUAUUAAAUAUUAUAUCUUCUAAACCCAUAUUGUUAUCUUUAUUUGAUCCAUUAGAACAUUCGGUACGUCAGCUUUCAAAUUUAUCCAAAAUCGAAUAUAGUGAAGUAACCGAUGCCACUAGAACUUUAUUAUUAUGUGUAAGAGAAGGAGUUCCUUUUGAUCAACAUACGAUAGAGGUCAUGGCUCGAUUGAAGGCAGUAAUUGAAUAUGGAAAUUCGGGAGCCACAAGUCCUUUUACAUCUAUGCAUCAUUUGUUUCGAGAUCCAGAAUCAAUGCAAUUUGAUAUGGCUCAUUUGCCUAAUUAUAACGAAUAUAAUAAUGAAGUCUCAACUUUCAAAGAAUUAUUAAAAAUUAUUCAACCGACCUUAGAUAUUACACAAUAUUCUACUGAGGCCCUACUAUUUGCUAUUUGCAAUGGAGAUAGAGAAAUCAGUGAAUUAGCAAUUAAACUUGUACUUUUACGAGUAAACGGUUUUCGUUGGCAGAUAUUGAAAUCAUUAAAUAUAAAAUUUCAAGAUGAUGUUUGGAAUAUUUGCGAUGAAGAAACUAAAAGUAAACAUACUUAUAAACAAGAAAAAAAUUCAGUUAUUGUACGAUGGAUGAGUCCUCCUAUUAUUUCUUAUGAAUGGUUACAACGUUCGAAUGAUUGUUUAAGGCCUGAUAAUCAGUGUGCAAACGAAUCUGAAGUUGGCUUCAAAGAAACAUCGAUAUCAUCAGGUCAUUCUACUUAUGUUAAUAGAGGAGCGAAAUUUUAUCAUAUGAUAAACGAUUUUUCUGUUGUCACAGAUGCUGAGUAUGAUAUUGAUAUGCUUUAUAAUACGCUUGCUAUAGUAAUUACAAACCCUGAUAAUAUUUCCGUUUCUUUGAGAGAAAAAUUAACAGAAUUGAUGGAGAUUGAAUUGCUUUAUGCUGUUUCAAUUAAGCCUAGAGGAGUUAGAAAUUUAUUUAUACUUUUCAUUAAUUUAGAAUUCUCCAUUGACAAUUUCGUUGACUUACUAAACGAAAAUGCCGAUACGUUAGCAAGAAUCAAUAUCAAUUUAGUUUAUUUAACACACUUAGCCAACCAUCCUUCAGACAACACUUCACCAGCCAAAAAUUCGUUUAUUACAGGAUUGCCAAAAGUAGCUCCUGUCUUAAACCAUUAUUAUUAUCGUAAUAUUAAAGAAAUUCCCUAUGCCAAUACAGCGCCAUUUCAUAAAAAUUAUUUUGUGGAAGAAAAAUUAUUACGACAUUGUGAGCUCCCUCUUAUACAAAAUCUUGAACUUCGUCGAAUGAGAUUAUAUAACAUUUGCAAGUUACCAUGUAUGUACCCUAACAUACAUGUCUAUGAAGCCGUUCCAAAAGCAAAAACUGAUGAGACACCAAGAUUCUUAUUAAGAUUAAUAACAAAUAUUAAUAGUGCAAUAACUAGUGAUAUUGGGUUAUAUGAAGUUGAAAAAUUAAUUGUAAAUGGUUUGAACCAUUUGGAGUUAUUGAUGCGUGAAAAAAAAAAUGCUUCCAAUAACCAUAUUCUUCUAUCCGUAAAUUAUAUUAAAGUAAAUGAUGUACUUUGCGGCAAUUCUGGAAAUAAGGAAUUUGAACAACUAAAUAAACUAACCCCUCAGCUAGCAGAACAAAUUGUAAGAGAUUUUUAUAACAAAUAUUCACAAAGAAUUAAAAAAUUUAAAUGUAAUACCAUAGAAGUAAGAUUUAAAACUAAAAUAAUAGAUGCUGACAAACGUUAUAAGCCAGUUAAUUUAACUGAUGGAUCGUACCCUUGCAGAGUUAUUCUACAUAUUGGAGAAACAGUUAAAACUGAAAGAUAUGUAGAAUUACAAAAUCCGUCGACAGGAGAGCAUAUUUUUGCAGCACUUUAUUCUGGUGAUACUGUAAGUACGCUGUUUUUGAAAAGCAAUACAAACAAAUCAGUGCCCAUAGAUAAUAAAUCCGCUACACAUAUGAAAUGUGUAACUGAUUAUUAUAAUCGAGAAGAUCUUGAUGGUAAAAGUGUUGAUACCCCACAUAGUUGGAAUGGUGAAUUAGAAGCAAAACGUGAAAUAGCUAAAAAUGUUAACACGUUCUAUGUCUAUGAUUUUAUUGAUUUACUAGAAUCUGCUAUGCAAGAAAGCUGGAAGAAAUGUCCAAAACAUAGUUUUACCACUGAUCAUCAAUAUCCUUCAGACAAUAAUCCUACAUUAUUACUACCAGAAAAAUUGAUUGAGGUUGUUGAGUUGAUAUUAAAUAAUAACCAGCAAUUAGUAGAAAGUUCUAGAUGUCCAGGAUAUAAUACAUGUGGAAUGGUUGCUUGGAAAAUGCUGCUUAGAACACCGGAAUUUCCAAAAGGCAGGAGAAUAAUAGUAAUAGCUAAUGAUAUCACUUAUCAGCUUGGCACUUUUGGAGUUGAAGAAGAUUUACUAUUUUUAAAAGCUAGUGAAUUGGCCCGAGAACUUGGUAUUCCAAGAAUUUAUAUUGCUGUAAAUAGUGGAGCACGUAUUGGCUUAUCCGAAAAUCUUAUUAAUGUGUUUUUAGUGGAAUGGAUUGAUAAGAAUAAACCACAACUUGGUUGUAAAUAUAUUUAUUUAAAAGAUGAAGAUUACAUUAAGGUAGGUGGAAAAAAUUGUGUGAAAGCUGAAAAGGUAGUUAAUUCUGACGGUGAAGAAGUUUGGAAAAUCAAUGAUAUAAUUGAUACUAGUUCUAAUUUAGGUGUCGAAAACCUCAUGGGUAGUGCAAUGAUAGCUGGAGAAACAGUGAGAAAUUGCAAAAACAAUUUUACACUUACUUUUGUUACAGGAAGAAGUGUCGGCAUAGGAGCAUAUUUAGCUAGAUUGGGCCAGCGUGUUAUUCAAAAAGAUUGUGUUGCCCCAAUAAUAUUAACAGGUUUUCAAGCUCUUAAUCGAAUUUUAGCUAAACAAGCUUAUUCUAGUAAUGAUGAAUUAGGUGGAACUAGAGUUAUGGCUAAUAACGGAGUUACUCAUCAAGUAGUUAGUAAUGACUUGGAAGGUUGUAUAGCUAUCUUAAAAUGGUUAUCUUUCGUUCCAGAGCACAUAAACGGGCCUUUACCAAUACUGAUUCAUCCUGGUGACCCGAUUAACCGUCCGGUCAGAUAUACACCGAGUUCUUUAACAAAUGAUCCUCGAUAUUUAUUAACUGGUUGUACUGAUUCCAAAGGUUUUUGGCUUUCUGGUAUAUUAGAUAAAGGAAGUUUUAUUGAAACACUGGAAAGAUAUGGCAAAUCGGUUAUUGCAGGCAGGGGUCGAAUAGGUGGUUUACCGUUAGGUGUGAUAUGUGUAGAAACUCGAGUUACUUAUAACUGUAUCCCCGCUGAUCCAGCUUUACCUUAUAGCGUGGAAGAAAAAUAUCCUAGAGCAGGCCAGGUUUGGUUUCCUGAAAGUGCGUACAAAACAGCACAAUGUAUAUAUGAUUUCAAUAAAGAAGAACUUCCCUUAUUGAUUCUUGCUAAUUGGCGAGGUUUCAGUGGAGGUCAACACGAUAUGUAUCAUGAAAUAUUAAAAUUUGGAAGCAUGAUUGUGGACGCACUCGUUGAGUAUAAGCAGCCAUGCAUUAUUUAUAUUCCUCCUAAAGGUGAAUUGAGAGGGGGAGCAUGGGUUGUUAUCGAUUCUCGAAUAAACCCUGAUUAUAUGGAAAUGUAUGCGGACACUGACAGCAGGGCUGGAGUAAUCGAAACUACUGGUUUAAUUGAAAUUAAAUAUCGUGAAAAACGUCUGCGAGAACUGGCUUCCCGUGUUGACGAAAAAUAUACAAAUACAUCAAACGAACUAAAAAAAUUGUUAGCGAGUGGCGUUUCACGAAAUGACAAACAUAUAAAAGAAUUAGAAGAAAAACUUGACAAGCGCUUUGAAAUUUUAGCACCUGUUAUGCGACAAAUAGCGCUGCAUUUUGCUGAUUUGCAUGACACUCCUGAACGUAUGAAAGCUACAAAUGCAAUUAAGGAAGUUAUUCCUUGGAACAAUUGUCGCCAAAUUCUUUAUUGGAAAAUUCGAAGUAAACUAAUUCAAGACAACUUGAGAGACGAAAUCAUCAAGCAAGAUCCACGAAUAACUUUACAGGAAGCUCAGGAAAUAAUUAAGUCUUGGGUUUCAAAUGACGGAACUAACAUUGAAAACCCUCAAGAAUUAAGAUAUGGUUAUAAAUUACUCGAAAGAAAACAUCAAAGCCGUUGCUUUAGCGUUGCGUUCGCUUGA